GGAGCCAUCAGACGAUCUUCCUCGUGGUUUAAUAUUCACGGACUAGGAACUGAGUGAGGAAGGAUAUCUUGUCGCAUGAUUUGAUACCCACAACUGUUGUUGCUGUAUAAUUUCCAACAACAAUUCUUGGUUGUCAAUUUGACCAAGAAAGUUCUACAGCAUCACGUAUUUGGUCGCAAGACUCGACCCGAUUAUCGAUAAUUCCUCAACAAGACACACAGAGGUCUAGCCCAGAGCCAUGGCUGAAAUGCAAAAUACCCCCUUCAUGAGGGAGCUCGUCUCGAGUGACCGAAAGACCCGCGACAAGGCGCUCGACUCGUUGACGCUGUACAUUCGUUCCAAAACCGACCUGACACUUCUCGAUCUUCUCAAGCUAUGGAAAGGACUGUUUUUCUGCUUCUACCACUCCGAUCGCCCCCUCACUCAGCAGGCCCUCGCCAGGGCUCUCUCGUACUCUCUCGUCCCGACUCUCCCCCGUCAGACAUUACAUCGCUUCCUGCGCGCGUUCUGGAUCACCAUCGGCCGCGAUUUCCAUUCCCUGGACCGACUCCGUCUGGAUAAAUAUCUGUUCCUGAUCAGAUGUUAUGUCGGCGUGGCAUUCGAAAUAUUCGUCAAGGGCAAAAAGACCAACGCAUCAACCAACGGAAGCAACAAGAAGCGAAAGAGGGAGGAAGCAGCCCAGAAGGAAAAGGGAAAGAAGCGAUCAAAGGGAAAGAAAGAAGAAGCCCGACCCGAACCCCAGGAAGACGAGGAAGAGGACGACGACAACAGUGAAGACAAGUGGGCUGAUCUCUCCGCCUACCUAUCCAUUAUCGAAGAGGGCCCACUGUGCCCCCUCAACUUCGACCCAGACCAGCCCACCGAGGCUGCCCCCGGUGAUACAGCAGGAGAUACGACCCCGAUGCCUCACGGGCCUGAUGGCCUCCGCUACCACAUUUUGGAUCUUUGGAUUGAUGAGGUGGAGAAAGUGCUUGAGUUCGAAGAAGGUACAGAGGAUUCUGAAAACCGCAAAGUCAAGGGUGAUGUUCCCAUGGACCUUUUGCUGCGACCCUUAGAAAAGUUGCGCACAGAGAGCCCCUACAAGCCGGUCAGAGUUAGGGCUGCGGAAGCCUUGGACGAUGACCGAUUGGUGGAAUGGGGUUUCAAGACCAGGGAAGUCGAAGAGGAAGAGGAAGAUGAUGAAAGCGACCAGGAAUGGGGUGGGUUUGACGAUUAAAUACUCAGCUGAAGACCCUGAAAAAAAUUUCAUACAAUUGUUUGGAUGAUCUUUUUUGACAACUUUCAAGGCGUAUGGUGGUAGCGAUUGCAUAUUCUUUAAAUCUACAUUGUCCAUACUCUUUUUGAAUAUGUAUGCGGGACCUUGUACUACCGGUCAGUUGUAUAGAUUUCCCACGUCUUGCCCAAUAAAAUAUUAAGUUAUAUAUUUAUCUAUCACAACGAAUCUUGUGUUAAUGUAUAAGCGUGUACGGAUAGAAACUAUACAGCCAU